AAUCAUGAAAAUGUAAAUUAAUCUCUCGUCAGCUUUUUUCAGACUGUAAUUGAACGCUACGCUGUGGCGGCGUUUGACGUCAGCUGGGCUGUUGUUUACUUCCUCAUUCCAAGACUAAAAACCAGCUUUGCCGGGCCUGGUGUAGAAUAACCACAUCUGGAGGGUCUGGUUGAGGGUUUCUUCGGGGUCCUGGUUGUGUUCCACUUCUUGCAGCUGGCUGUUUCGCUAACAGUCAUAGUGUUCGCCUCCUUAGCUACCUGUGAAUGUACCUGUAAGGAACAGAUGCAGAGCUAAACCAGCAGAGGGAGGAAGAAGUCUGAGCCUGCAGAGUAAAAACGGUUUAAUCAGCUGAAGAGACGCCCGCUCUUAAAGCACGAUAUUAAUAACUCGUCAUAUUCUGGUUUUGAAUCGCGUCCAAUCCCUGAAUUGUAUCCACUCCUAAACUCCCCUGCUGCGCUCUCAUUGGCUGGAGGAAACACACCGGCUCCGCCCAGAAACGUCCAGAGUCAACCAGAACAAAGCAAAACAGUAAAAUCCAGUCAGAGGUCAGGGUCUCUGCAGACACAGUCACCACCACACAUGUAUGGAGGCCCAGAAGGGACGAUGGAGCAGCUUCAUUUUAGGAGAAGUCUGUAUUUUAUUUUGAAGGAGGAAGCUGCUGACUUCAUCUUUAAUGACAUCGGAAGUGAAUAUACUGUAAACAUGAUUAAAACCUGCUUUAACACACUACCUUCAGACUCUACACUCACAAACAAAUCCUCCAUAAAUGAACACUUGUAAAAAGAGCAUGAACAUGAUCUUCUGUCAUUAAAAAUAUUUACUCUUUUGAAAUAAUGAAACUGUCUCCUGUUGACUGAGAAUAUCAGCUGAUCAUUUAUAAGAGGAGUCUCAACAUCUGUUUCACAUGUGGGGAUCUUUCCCAGCAGACGUGUUGCAAAAGUCCCGUGUAAACUGACGACCAAUGAAGAGUGUUAUAUCCGAAGACUGUAGGAGCCUGAGUGACGUCACCCGUCUGUUCCUGCAGGGGGCGCUGGAGUCCCAUCGAUGGCGGUCUCCAUGCUGGAAAUGCUGUCUCAGUCUAACUUUCAGUCAACCUAACGACAGGCUGAGAGCUGGAGCUGAGGCGGGUUUUAAGCCUCCUGACAAACAAACCGUUACACCGCGCCCACCUGUCAAUCAUGUCAGCUACACGCUUUAUUGUGAAUAACUCUUAUCCUUCAUCAAAUCAAAACUGAUGAGUCACCAAAACAUUCACCCCCCGUACAAUGUGUGUCGAUCGAGACAUGAGCUGAUCAGACCUAUUUGUUUUUUUUUAACCAGGCUGUAAACAUGUUCAUCUCUGCUGUAAAAACAGGCUUUUUAGAAUGGGUGUGUAUGUGACUUACUGUGCUUCUGCAGCCAGCCUCUAGUGGACACUCGAGGAACUGCAGGAUUUUACACUUCAGCAUCGGAGGUUGCUGUUUGGGCGGUUCAUGUGGUAUUUUCUUAUAAAGACGUGUACCAAUGCUCCAUCCUUUGGUUGUUCAAAAAAGACAAAACGUUCUCUCUCAUACAUGACACAAUGACUAAUGCCUUUACAUUUUAAAAUCUGCCUGCAGUCGGUUUGUCUCCGUUUCAGUUUAAUAUUCUCAUGUAAAGAGACUUGUAGUCGACUGCUGCUGUAUCUGAGAGGAAUAAAAGAAACCCAUAAAGCUUGACAUCCUCCUGAACACAUGAUCCUCUCUCCCUCCAGUAACACAAAGCUCUAAAAUUAGCCCGGCUCUGUAUUUAGGACGCCUGUGUGAGGAGGGAAAAGCCUCUGAAACGUUUCCUCUGACCUCACGGCUGCACAAGGUGAGCGCAGAUAAUCUACCAGAGGCUGAAGAAAAAUGAUCACCGCCGCCGUGACGCCUGAUUAUUCUACAUUUUCACGGGCUGAUGAUUUUACGCGGGUUGUCAUCUCACAGACGGACGAUGUUUCCUGAGCUCAGAGAGGAGCAGCAGAGGGAGAGGAAGUCAGUGAAAACUGCCUGACGACACAAUCUCUGCCUCAGGGUUUCUGUUGUGAGUUCCUCUGUCCUUUGGUCAUUAAAACAGUCCAAGAAUCGGCUUACUGCAGCGGCCAACAAGGGCAAACACACUGCAAACACCCGAACGAUUAACAUUCAGAGAAAGAGAACUGGUUCAGAUAGAAGUGAUUGUACCCGACCUAAAAAGCCUCUGCAUGUUUCUAAUAAGGUCCACGAGCAGAAACGUGCUCAAACUAGGAUCAAUAUUGGAGAUGCUUUUGAAAAAUGGAGAGAGGUUAGAACGCAGAAAGGUUUACAGACCGAUGCAGAGCUGGCUAAACACUGAAGCUUCAGUGUCCACCACAUGGCAACCUGAGUGAGCAUGGACUAUAGAGAGGAGGGGGGGGGGGGGGGGGGGAGACAAUGUUUCUGUCCGUCUGUCUUUAAUUAAAUUAAAAAAUGUUUUCAAUCAUUUUACUUUCCAGAAAAUGAAAACAUCAUCUCAUUAUUGUCAUUGGUGAUGUUUAAAAUAAACUUAAUUUAUUUAUUUUCUUCACCUCUCUGAUGUGUCUCCAUCAGCUCCAUCACCACCCGCGCCACUGACACCAGCACCAGAAACCAUGCUUUCUGCGCAUGCUCAGUUUCAGUCUCUCCCUCUCGCGCUCUCUCUCAUCCUCAUCCUCCUCAUCCUCCUCCAGCAGCCUCCAUCUCUCCGGAUGUCCUCCUGACUCCUGCCCGGCCGCGCGGCUCCCUCUCCAGGAUUUAGGAUCUGACUGUAUCUUUCAUUGGGCUCAACAGAAAGCGACAGCGAUCAUCGAGAUGAGAGGAGCAAAAUGUGGGAAUAAGUAAAUACCAAGCGAUGAUGCCGACAGGAGCGAUGGUGAAGACAUGAGCACAGCGAGCCGACGUCCAUGGAGUCGUCUUUUAACGCCGUAGAGCUCAGAGAGCUGCGGGGCGGCGGAGGCGGGCGGGGCGUGUCUCCGACUCCGCCCUCGUCCUCCUGGACAGCGAGCGCAGCGGGAUGCUCAGUCCGAGGGUUCGAGAACGCCUCCUACCAGCAGGACGAAGAGUACGACUACCAGCAGGGGGCGACCGUGUCUGCAGGAUGUCCGCCUUCUACUUCAGCGAACAGCAAGGUGGAGCAGCGUCAGGAGCUCUCUCCACGCUCAUACGAUGAGGAGGAUGGCGGUGGCGGCGGCGGUCAGGAGGACUGUCAGGACUUCACCGAGUAUAACCCCGCCGACGAUCACUCUGCAGACUAUGGCUUCAUCUUCGCCCUGGUGUUCCUGGUGAGCGGGAUUGUCCUCGUGGUCAUCGCCUACACCAUCCCCCGAGAGGCCAAAGUGGACCCCAACUCGGUGUCUGCGCGUCAGAUGGAGAAGCUGGAGAUGUACUACGCCCAGCUGGGCGCGCACCUGGACAAGUGCAUCAUCGCGGGGCUGGGCCUGCUGACGCUGGGCGGGAUGUUCCUGUCCGUGCUGCUCAUGGUGUCCAUCUGCAGGGGCGAGAUGUACCGACGCAGGGCGGCGUUCGUCCGACCCAAGAGGACUUAUGGCUCCAUCAACCUGAGGAUGAAGCAGCUGGCGACGGGGGAGGACGAGGGAAGGGAGGGCGGGGAGGGCGGGGAGGGCGGGGGGCAGUUUCAGGUUGAACACUCAGAGACAAGGAAUCAAACCCAGGCCGGACCGAGCAGGAACCCUCCUCCUCCUGCUGCUUCUUCUUCUUCUUCUUCUUUAAAUGCUGCACACGGAGUCAUCUAAGCGUCCUCUACUUUCACUCUGCAGUCGUCCCUCUGAGCAAGCUGUAACAAUGGGGGACGCAAAGCGAUGCAGGUCCCCCGUUUGUGCCGACUGGAGGAGCACGUGUCGAGCACAAGUCUGCUGGAGCGAGUGUGAGGAUAUUUAUUCUGACCAAUCACAGACUGACUUAAAGAGGCAGCAGCGGAAGAAGAAGAGAGGUAAGAAUGUGGCAGCGUGGGAACAGAGCACACUAAUGAGAUAAACACUAUAUCACAGUUUGAAUAUAUUAUGAAAGUGUUAAAGCACAUCGUGUGCGACGGGCGCUGCACGCUGCUGCAGAAAAAACUUUAUUUAUGAAGUCAAAUGUUGAAAUGAUCUGUCACGCUUCUUACGUAGCUGUUAGAUUAACGUGAUGACAUACUCCACCUGCUGCUGUGAAUAAGUCUGGAAAGCGUCUUUAUCGGGACAUCGACACAGAGAAACGUUGACGUGUGCUGGUCGCUCACACGGAUAAACAUUCAGAACGAGAUAUUUCACUCCGGUGUGACGUUUACGAGCUACAGCAUCAGAAAAUACAAACACGGUUAAACCUUCUUGAGAGAAAUGGACUUUCAGUUUCUGCGAUCCGAUCUGUGCAAUAAAAAACAGAAACAACACGUUUUUAAAAAGAAGCUUUUUAGCGUCUUUCAGCUCUUUGUUUCGGUUUCUUCUGAGCGUCCAAGACUUCGUCUCGUGAAAUAAAAACGUCUUCGAUCUACAAAACGAUGACUGACGUUUGAUUUCAAAGUUCAUUUUAACAUUUACUUUGAUAUCUACGUUAUUUUACCCUAGAGGCUGGUGCACACCAAACUGACGACCACGAGCGAAGUGCGACGAAAACCGACUGCUGCGUCCUCUUCUGUCCCGCCGCUGUCGAGCCAAAAGUCGAACACAGUUCAAACGCCAAACAGCUCGUUGCUGAUUGGUUAGUGCGGGAGAGGCGAGAACUCGAGGAUACACAAACAGCGGAGUUUGAACACUCGUUCAUAAUUCUUCCUCGACUUACUGACGCGAAGAUGAUGAGAAGGGACUUCUAACCGUCGACUCUCUCUGACCAGCCCUGACAGGCCCCGCCCCCUGACGGUGGGCUCGGUGUGUACCUCCCCUAACAAAAACAUUAGCUUGAGAAGUCUUCGUCUGAUGCACGGCCUCAGAUUAAUAUUAGCGUGCGACCACAAAAGGUUUUACUUAAUGGUGCUGAACACACCACCACGAGGUGCAGGGUGUUUUUGGAGCCCCCUUGUGGUCAAA